AUGGACGAGCGGAUGCCUGACGUGAAUGAAUAUGCCAGAUCUCUUAUCAAAGCGGUCGUUGGAUAUGCUGGUACUCAAGACAAGCUUACCACUAUCGUUUGCAUGACCUGUGGGGAAAACUUCACGUCUUCUUUUCCUGAUGUGAAUGGAACUGUCCAAUGUGGAAAUCUCAGAAUGUGGGAGUGGGCUUAUCCUUAUGGCGGUGACAUUUAUGUUUACAUGAGCUGUUAUAAAUGCUCAAUGGACCAUUCGCAGCAAAUCACGGAUCAAAGCAUGGUUUUGGAAUUGACAACAGCAAUGACAGAGAAGUUGUUGGAGUCCAAUCCUGAGCCAGCACUGAAUCCUUAUCUUUACAAGACAGUCAUCGCGAUAUGGGGCGUUGACGCGAAGGCCGUUACUGUUUUACGGGAUGUGCAUGACCGAACUUGA